GUAAAACUAAUAGGUGCUCUAACUUAGAUAUUGAAAAAAAUCUUUGAAUAUGGAGAAUAAAGCUGAAGUUUUUGAAUGUUAUAUGUCUUCUUUACCUGUUGAAGUGCUUACUAUAAUAUUGCAACAAUGUGAAUGUCAAGAUAUUCUUGCAUUUGCCUCAACUUGUAAAGAUUUUAGGGACAUUGUUUUCAGUAAUCAGUUACUAUGGAAGAAUAAAUUUAAGCCUAUUGUCACAUCCUAUAUGUUUGAAUCACUCGAAAAGAAUGGCGAUGGCAACUGGUUCAAUGAACUGAAAGAGUUUUACUUGCUUAAAAAGCGUAUUUACAAGGAAUUAAUUGCCAUGUCACCAAAAUAUUAUUGGCAUUGCUGUGAUAUAACAUUAGAGGAUGUGAGGAAUUUUUUUGAUAUUGCUCUGUCAAGCAAUGUGAAUUAUUUUUAUGUUAUUCAUAUUUUACAAGGCUUGGUAAAGGAAGUUAAUAAUUACAUCGCUAAAAACUGUGCCAAGAAACCAUUUACUAUGACUGAAAUAUACUAUGCUAAGGUGGUGCUACGUCACCUGAUGCAUACCUUUCUUGCUGUUAAAUGGGUGAAAUUUCACAUGAAAAAGGAAUUGCCUCCUGAAGUUGUAGUAAAUUUCUUUUUGCAAUGGAUAGACUCUGACCACAUGCAUCCAGAUGCUGAGGUAACAGUAAAGAUCAACGCGUUGGUUGAGAAGGUGAAGAAAAUUUUGAAUAAUUUACAACCGCGAUGGUCGUCUCUGAGUGUUGCGGAGAGGAUCGCCACGAAAGUUCUGCACGAGAAGCAAGUACUCGGCGCCAUCACUCAAGUGUUGUUCCACGAGAACAACAUGGUUAUCACAGUCACUGUCAACCUGGAAACUCUCAGCAUUACUGAGGCGCUCGAAUGCAAUUGCGCGAGUUUCAUAACAAUAGCGGCGAUCUACCACGCGGUAGCGAACCGCUGCGACGUGGCGUGCGACCUGGUCUCGUUUCCGAGCCACCUGUUCGUGGAGUGGCGCGAUCGCAGCGACCACCGCCACCCGGUCGUCUACUCCGUCGACCUCGGCUCGGGUGAAGUCCAUCCGAAGCGACGUUGCCCCUUCUCGAAAACGGACCACGUUGCCACUUACAAAUACUGUCCUGAUUCCCUUCUGCAAUACAUUUACUCGUUGUUCAAUUCGAGCAUGGACGGCGUUAAGAAUUGGAAUACACAAAAUGCAUUGCACCUGUUAAACUUCCUGGGAACUAGCCACAGCCAAACGAACCCGUACAGGAAUUUCCUUGCUUACCUGAUUGGUCACGCUCAUCUGCCUGCGAUGAAUAUACCACUCGAUAUAACCAAUCUACACGAUGAACAUAUUGAACUUAUUAAAUCGCUGGCCAAUUUGAAUACGCCGGUAAAACCUGUCAAGAAAGAGAAGUUCGUGAAGAAGAAGCGCGUGAGCAAAGUGAAGUACGCCGUCGGCAUGGUGUGCUGCCACCGGAAGUUCGACUACGUGGGCGUGAUUCGCGCCUGGGACCAAAGCUGCGACCUGAACUACGCCGAUCGCAUGGAGAUGGAACUCAACCUGCAGUACGGGAUCAAGCAGCCAUUCUAUUUCGUCAUGGCUGAGGACCAGUCCUGCAGAUACGUGGCUCAAGAAAACAUCGUCGAGAUAACCCGCCCCGUUCGCCUGGUGAACUUGGAGGAGUCGAUCGCGCGCGAAUUCACCCACUUCGACGGGUUCGCUUACGUGGCCAACGACCAGAAGCGCGCCGAGUAUCCCGACGACGCGCACAUUGUCGAUGUUUACCGCACUCGGUGCAGCCUUAAACCUUAGGUUAGAUAGAAGGAUAGAAUAUAAUGGGAUUGCAGGAUAUCUAACUCAGAAGGGAUGGAAAAAGUCACGAAAGUUGUUUUAUUGGUUCUAUAAAUGUUCCAACUU